AUGGACGAAAGGAUUGAGUUGCUGGUCGGCAUAAUCAAGCAGUGGACGCGCAACUAUAAGGUCACCUUUUACCACCAAAAUGAAAACGAAUCCAUCGCCAAAUGCACGGUGAACGCGGCCUUCACCAUAACUGAAGUAGGACCGAUUGACGUGAACACCUUCGGAGGGGAGCCCCCAAAUGGAGACAAAUACUUCGUGACGUUCAAAUUUGAAAAUGAGAAUUUAGUGAGGACGGUGGACAUGGGUCUGAAUUGCGAGGCCUGGAUUGACAAGUAG